CCUCCAUCAAUCAUGUUUCUCCACCGAUUCUCUCUAUAUAAACCUUAUCAUCCAUCAAAGUUUCAGAUAACGAAGAGCAAGCACUGUAAACUGUAUUCAUAACACAGAUCAUGUCAUCCGUAGUAAAUUUCACUUCUUCCAGCGAUAACAAUGACGGCGGUUAUGAACAGCUCGAUUUUCUCAAUAAAAUAAGUUGUCCGACGGUUGAUGGUGCCGCUAAUUUGUCACUUUCACCGGAGACGUUUCUGGAAGCUGCCGUUGCUCUCAAAGAGCAGGUGGUGAAAGUGACGUGGACGGAGGUGUGCGCCGGAGGUGUGGAAAUAGUGGAUCCAACGGUUUACACAGGUUUGUUAGGGACUGCGUUCACCUGCCUGCGGUUCUAUGAAGCUACUGGUAGUCACCGGGAUUUGCAAUUGAGCGCUGAUAUCGUCGACGCUUGUGCUACUAAUACUUCCACUAGGUAUAUGACAUUUUUAUGUGGAAGAGGAGGCAUAUAUGCCUUAGGUGCAGUGAUAGCGAAUCACUGCGGAGAUCAUCGCAAGCGUGAUUUUUAUCUUGCCGAAUUUAUGGAGCUGGCACAAGAGACGGCCCUCCCUGCGGGACCUGAGGAAGGCGGUUUUGGAAUGUCGUAUGAUCUUCUUCACGGCCGUGCGGGUUUCUUAUGGGCUGCAUUAUUCAUAAACAAACACAUCGGUCAAGAAACAGUGCCAUCCGAUACCCUCAAUCCGAUAGUCAAAGCAGUGAUAGCUGGAGGAAGAGCCGGUGCACCUGACCACGCUAUGUGCCCGUUGAUGUACAGAUGGCAUGGGACCAGAUACUGGGGUGCGGCUCAUGGGCUCGCUGGCAUAUUGCAUGUGUUGCUUCAUUUCCCGUUAUCUGAAGAAGACGCGGAGGAUGUAAAAAAGACUUUAAAAUACAUGAUGAGCAAAAGGUUCCCUCAUACAGGCAAUUACCCAUCUAGUGAAGGUAAUGCAAGGGAUAAUUUGGUUCAGUGGUCUCACGGUGCCGGUGGCAUGGCUAUAACCCUGUGCAAGGCUUCUCAAGUUUUCCCACAUGAUCGAGAGUUGCGUGAUGCAGCAAUCGAAGCAGGAGAAGUGGUGUGGAAGAGCGGGUUAGUGGAGAAAGCAGGGCUUGCGGACGGUGCUUCUGGGAACGCAUAUGCUUUCCUUGCGCUAUAUCGGCUAACGGGAGACGCUAUUUAUGUGGACCGUGCCAAGGCGUUUGGUGGGUUCUUGUAUGCCAAUGCUAGGAAGCUUAUGACUAGCACCACUUCUCAUGGACUUGACCAUGGGUUUUCCCUUUUUCAAGGGCUUGCUGGAGUAGCUUGCCUUUGGUCUGACCUGGUCAGACCAGAGGACUCUAGGUUUCCUGGGUUUGAAAUCUAAAAUUUUUAUAUCAUUGGGUUUUAUGUAAUGAUACUUUUAGGUGGUUGGUUAAGUAGUUGGUAUGUAACGAUACCGUUUUCUAACAUUCAUGUCUCACAAUCUAAAAGUUAUGUACUAGGGGUGUUCAAACAACGAAACCGUCUAAACUAUUUAAUAUGUCGACUGGUUUGAGAUUUAAACAGUUCAGUUUAA